GUCGUCUAUCUCCGGAUUCGUGGUCUGUGCUCUAGCCUCUAUAUCGUAUCGACUCUCUCUUGAGUGUCUCGACUCUCGAAUGUGACAUGGCGUCCAUCAAGAUAUAUCACGGCCUCCUGUAAAACUGUUUUAAUGACAGUGAUAUCUUUUAGCGUUUUAUUUCAGAGGCCGUAAUAAAUCGUACAUUUGCAUUGAUGGUAAUGCAUGCAAGGAAACCUCAGCGAAUAAGCGAUGGGUACUUUGAGAAGCACCAGACCCAUCCGUAUCAGAAGUACAACUCCAAGAGAGUUGCUAAUGACUACAGUACUUCUGACAACCGCUACACACCACUCAGAUCCCCCAAUGGCAAUGUGGUCCACGGGCAUAGUGCGCUCGGUGGCCACACUGGCCACUCUGGCCAUGCCCACCACCACUACAAUCACAUGGCUGAUGAAAGAGAAUAUGUCACAUCAAGAAAUUCCUACAUCCACAAAGGUUCAGAAAAGGAGAGAGAUAGAGACUACAAAUCCUCUAGAAAUAAGUAUACAGAUGUCAGAUCACCUAAGGAGAAACGUAGUAAAGACAGUGAGAGGGAAAAAAUUAUGCAUGAAAGAUGUGAAUCGGAGAAAAAAAGUAGGACUAGUGGCAUGAAUAGUGUUAAUAGGAGUAGUAAAUAUGACAAGAGGAGUGCUCCGUCAUCAAGCAUGCUUUUGGGCAGUGAAUGGUCAGAACACAUUAGUUCAUCUGGAAAGAAGUAUUAUUAUAACUGUAUCAGUGAAGUGUCUCAGUGGGAGAAGCCAGCCGUAGCACUUGAGUGGGACUCGAGAAGGACUUCAUCCAAAGAUUCUACAUAUUCCUCGAGAAGUAAUCGUGAUAAAAGAUCAAGUUCGAGGUCAGGCCGGAGAGAACCAGAAAAGUCCAACAAAAGGUCAAACAAUCCUUCAGAUAGGUAUUGGAAUAGCGGGAGGGAGGAAGACGGUCAUGACAGAACAAGAUCUAAGCGCCCAACCUCACAGCAUGAUGGGAAAGAUGGGCAAACGUUACAAGAUAUGGAUAUUUCUCCAGAUAGGAGUACGCCACUCUCGGAGAACUCGUAUGGCGCGCGAGACGGCGCGUCCCGCGGGGAUGUCAAUGCGGUUCCUCCCGUCGUCGUGCUGGACAACUCUAACCAACCGAGUGGGUCACUGCUGGCGGCGGCGCUACCACGCAUCGCGGGUCCGUCGGGCGUGGCGAGCGGCGCGGGGCCGAGCGCGUCGCCAUGCAGCGGCGUGGCCACGCCGCCACGCGACGCCGGCCCGCCCACGCCCACGCACUCCGAGAAUACCGACCCGCAUGCGCCACCCAUACACCUGGACAAUGCGCUGCCCAGGAAAAUGGAAUGCCUUGGCAGCUACUCGUCCGUAGUGGGCUCACUGCAACACGCGGCGCCCAUGCUGACGCCGUCGCUGGUGAAUUACGUGCGCUCUGACCUCACCGCGCACGUCAUCGGGUGGCCGGCUGACAUCCUCGAGAAGCAGGCAAACAAGUAUACGGAGGAGGCGUAUCAGCUGGGCUGCCUUCAGCUGACGCGGGUGUCGGCCGAGCUCAAAUGCUCACGCUCCAUCGUGCGCCACACGGAGAUACAGGCCACGCUGCAGGAACAAAAGAUCAUGUACCUGCGCCAGCAGAUCGCGCGGCUGGAGGAGCUCAAGUCGCAGAACGCGUUCAUGUCGGAGGACUAGGGUCCGCGGUGGGGGGCGCGCCCGCCGCCGCCCUCCACCGCCGCCAGUGCUUCAUUCCGCGCCCACUCCUCAUGUAACGUACACCAAUGACUUUACUGUGUCGUGUGACUCGGUGCUCUGUUCCAACCGGGUUUGUCAAUUUGAGAGUACGAUUCCUCCUUAGCUAGGCGAUUGCAGAUUAAGUUGCAUGGGACGGGCUUGCCCUCGAAAUCCUAAUUUAAUUUCGUUUUUCGCAAUUUGUAAGUUAAUACGACAAAGUUGGCUUAUGCCAUUCUAAUUCCGACAAUGGCGGUAUUAUCUUCACAGGAUUACAUAAAAAUCUUUACCUGAAAGUGUUCUGUUUAAGAAAUUAGU